AAUGGUCAAUCGCGAAUAAUGAAAUAACAACAGAGUGUCGAAUUUUUUUCUGAAUUCAGAAAAGUCCGUUGCUAGUUGAUAUAUUCUCACAAAAAUAUAUUGAUACACAGUACUUUUGCAAAAAUUUGCAUCUGGCAUCGCGGCAGCUGCACGUUGGUGGCUCGGCAGAACACCACAGUUAAAAAGACACCCGACACAUAUAUGCACAUAUGUAUAGCUUACAAUUGUUGUUUUUUUUUUGCCGCAAUGCAACCGUGUCACGCCUAGUCCGCCCCGAUCAGCCAGCACGCCGCAGUCAGCCCAGCCACCGUCCAGGCAACAGGUUGUGAGCCAGCCAGCCCCCCGUAUCGAUCUCCCUAUCCGGAUCGGACAUAAGCAGAGGCGCCAUAAUAAAAGUAUUCUUCGCCAAACGCCCACCCCCCCAGGAGGAAGAUGCAUCUAAGACGCAACGGCCAGUCGCCGUCAACCCCGUCGGUGCCCUCGGGUGAGCCAGAGCAUGUGAAAGGGCAUGGCAUUGGAAGUGCAACAGCAGCAUCCGCCUGCAGCCAGGAUGAUGGGACCGAUGCAAAAGCACCGGCUAGGCCGCGUCGCGGUUGCUAUUUCUCGCUGGCCUUCUCCAUUGGGUCGAUGGGACUGGCCUGCGGCAGCCUCUGGCAGAUACCGAACACCACCGACAGAAUCACACUGCAGCGGGGACUCUUUCUGACGUCCCUGGGAUUCAUCUACUUUAUUUCGCUGACGGAUUUCUGCAAUAAAUAUCUGCUGGAGACGCGGCGCGGUCAGGAGUUUCGACGCAAGUAUCGCCUCAUGAUGUCCGAUGUCCUGGAAAUUACCAACAAAACCGUUUCGGCCAUCCAGGCCUCGUUCUCCUUUCUGGUGGGCCUCAUCGUUUGCAAGUCGACAUGCACGAAAUCAUUCGUUUAUGCCUCGCACUUCCUGAUGGAGGCCUACGGAUGGUUCGGGACGGCAUACUUCAUGUACGACAUCUGGGCCAUGUAUAAGGUGCACACCCAGAAGAUAGCCGACAAGCUGCACCUGCUGCGCCUGACCAAGGGACAGGGUUCAUCGGGAUCAUCGAUGUCCACGGUGAACGGUCAUGUGAGGAGCGGUCACUGUGUGGCCACCAAUGGCAGGAGCAGGGAGGCUGGUGGAACUGGUGCCGGUGGCAACAACAAUGGCAGCACUCCCAGCACCCCCCAUGAGAUCUGUGACUAUGACGGGGCCUGUGUGCAGAUACCCAAGGACGGGCGCUGGGACUUCCUCAAGUAUGUGCUAACGCAUCCGGUCAUGAUGAUCCAUCACGUCUUUAUCGGCACCUUUGGUCUGCUGGUGGUCACGUACAUUCGUGGUGGUGGCCACUGCAUCUAUAGCUACAUGUUCAUGAUGGAGUUCUCCACACCGUUUGUAUCGCUGAGGAGCAUCCUGAGCACGAUGCGGCUAAAGGAGUCGCGUGUGUACGUUGCCAACGGUCUCCUCAUGCUGGCCACCUUCUUUGUGUGCCGCGUCUGCAUGUGGCCGUACGUGAUGUGGCGCUACAGUCUUGCCAUUGAAGCGGCCAGCCUAUGGUCGGCCAUGAGCGGCCUGCCACGGGGAUGUCUGGUCAGCAUUGCCAUACUGUUCUUGCCGCAGCUCUAUUGGUUCUAUCUGAUGGUAUUGGGGGCUAUCAAGACUUUUAUGCCCAAGCGGAAGGCGCCUGCCCUACUGAAGAAUGGUCCACCGGAAGCGACGGGUCUGGCGGCCACCACCACCACCACCACUACCACUCCCACUCCCACCGCCAUAAUAAAUGGCAAGAACUAGUGCAAAUCGAAGAUUAGUUUUGUUUUUGUUAAGCUAAGCGUUUGGAAAGCUCUAGCCAUGUAUUUAUUUUGAGGCACAGCUGUCGCUGUCACUUAUUGUUUAUACAACUACAUAACCCACAGCCCCGAACCCACCCAACCCCCGAAUAAUCCUACUAUAACCGAAUAACCAACGAAUUAAAUACGGACACGGAUAUACCGAAGAGAAACUGGAACAAAAACAGGACAAAGGAGAAGAACCCUGGGCGCGCAGACGGAUAUUUAGUUUUUAAACAAAAAGACAUUAUGUAAUAAAAACCAACGGAGGAACACAAAGAUCAAAGCUAAAUUAAAUCUUAAAAAACCCAACUAAAAAAUUAAAAAACUAAAAAACUAAAAACCUAAAAAACCAAAACUAAAAUGAUGUGUUGUUAAGCUUGCCCCCCACCCCCGCCAAAACACAAAAAAAAAAAAAAAA